UGUGGCUUAGUAGGCGUGACCACAACUCACGUGAUCUCGUUAAAUCAACUCAGCCUAAAGAUCGACAGAGAGAGAAAUGACAUCUUACCACUCAUCAUUCAAUUCUGAUGACGCCCGUACUAUUGGUAACUUGGCCCUGUUGCCCUUAAGGACGUCCUUCAAGGGCCCAGCACCAAAAUCAAAUGAUGAUCAAGAUGUCAUUGACGAGGCCUUGUAUUAUUUCAAGUCGAAUGUUUUCUUCAGAUCGUACGAAGUGAAGGGAACAGCUGAUAGAGUGAUGAUAUAUUUAACCCUCUACAUUAGUGAAUGCUUGAAGAAACUACAAAGAGCCCCAAAUCGUGUUGAGGCUCAGAAGUCACUGGCAACUCUUGCAGUCAGCAGCUUUGAUAUCCCUGGUGACCCCAACUUCCCCCUUAAUAGCUUCAUGUCUAAACCAGCCUCGAGGGCUGAAGCUGAUCAAAUGCGUCAGUACUUUACUCAGAUGAGGCAGGAGCUUGGCCAGCGUCUUGUGGAAAAGGUUUUUGGUGAUGGAGACAAGCCAAGCAAAUGGUGGAUUUGCUUCACUAAAAGACGUUUCAUGGACAAGAGUCUUUCUGGUCCUGGCAAAUAGGCAAAUAAUUCAAAGUUACCAAUAGAUAAGAGGCAUAACUGUUGUGUUUUAAUAUUUUGUCUCUCAUGAUAGCCUGUAGAUUUUAUUAUUGUUUUGUUAUAAUAAUUUUAUUAUUACUGUACUGAUUAAACACUUAGCUGUUGCUUUUAUUUCGAUUUGUAGCUUAGAUAUGAUUUUCAAAAUAAAUUAUUUUACUUUGUAAAAA